CACUGCUACCAAACCAGCACAGCAGCAGUAAAGAUACUUAUAAACAGCCUUACUUCGCUACCCAGAUUGAUCACAAUAUCAAGAAAGGGUAGACAUCCACCGACGGCUCAUGAGAUGUGCCGUAUCACGGAUCAGCUUAUAUAAAUACCCCCAUCCCAACAUCAAAAGAUGUGCCGCAGGGGGGGCAUGCUGUCAUUUUCUGUAUCACUACCAUUUUCUCAUUGCAGCCUUGUUUUUAUUGUCACUCUUUAGUGGCUGGCUGUCUUCUUUCGGCAUCGCAACCGCGGGGUCUUUCUUUGUACCACGUCAGCAGAGCGCAUGUGCAUUCCUGAAGGAUUGCGAUCGUGAUGGAAAGCUGUCAUGCUCGAAUGUCUUCACCACACGGACUUGCCGAAUGUGAUGGCAGUCGAAUAGUUUGCGUCCGUCUCUCGCCUAUCUUAAGAGGCACAGAUGAGGCACGUAACAAACCCAGCCCUAUGGUUGCCGAGAUGAGAACUUGUCGGG